AUGCUGCAACAGCAAUUACCUUUGGGAUCAAAGUUUUUAUUUAUCUUCUGCUCCUUUUUCCUCUUAGUUCCACCUCAAUACAACAGGUAUUAUUACUGCUACAAGACUGCGCAAAGCGGCGAACCUCCCAUACCCUCCAUAGAAGGUCAAGACCCUCUCUUAACAGGACCGGUUGCUUAUCGCCAAAAAAAAGUCCAAGCCUGCGCCAAAGCCUCGACAGGAAGAGGUUACAGAUAUUUUGCAUUGUACAAAGGCGGGGAAUGUCUUUCUGGACCUGAUGCCGAGAAAACGUACAAUAAGUAUGGUAAAAAAGUAUCUACAAAACGGUAUUGCUACCGUUUCUGUUGGUGGUGGUGGUGCUAUCGAUGUUACAGCUACCUUGUUUACUGCGGUAAUGGAUACGGCGAUUCAUCGAAGAUGAAUGUAUACAAUGUGUACGGUAUGUCAUAUGUAUUUAGCCUUACUGACUCACUGACUGAUAGAAUCAAUUACUCACAAACUCACCGACGCAAUGACUCGAUGAAUCUCUGACUCGCUGACUGACUGACUCACUGACUUACUAAUUCGAUGAGUCAGUGACUCACGGACUCAAUAACUCACGGAAUCAAUGAAUCACCAACUCACUGACUCACUAACUCACUGACUCACCGACCUACUGACUCAUUGUUUCAUUCACCCAGUGACUCAGUAAAUCACGGACUUGCAUUGCUGACUCACUGACUGACUGACGCAAUGACUCGCGGACUCAAUGGAUAAAUUACUUGACGACUCACUCACUGACUGACUCACGGUCUCAAUGACUCACCUACUCAUUGACUCACUUACUCACUGAUUCAUUGACCUACUGACAUACUAGCUCAAUGACUCAAUGACUCUCUAAAUCUUUGGCUCACUCAUCGACUCAUAACUCAACGAAUCACUGACUCCCUGAGUCAAUGCCUCACUGACUAAGUGAAUCACGGACUUACUUACUCAGUGAUUCGCUGACUGAAUGACUCGCGGACUCAAUGACUUAACGACUCGCUGACUCACUGGCUCACUGACUCACUGACUCAUUGAAUGACUGAGUGAUAUACUAUUUAAAAUUUUGCAGUAGCCAAACAGACUGUGGAAUAUGAAUACAAUUCAAAAGAAUACUAACUAUUUAUUUAUCUAUGACGACAGUCUACGACGUGGAGUUGUUAGUCCGGUUAAAUCGCAGUUUCUUCCCACGAUAUGAAGAUAUUUUCUCAAAGAAUUCUCAGGCGUUCACAAACGUUUCGUCAGGGUUGCAAUCUUCGGUAGGUUGGCAGAGCCGUGUUAUUAUCAUUGCUUAACUGAGAUUUAGAUUCCAAAAGAAAUCGUAAACUAGUGUAAAGGAAAAGCAAGGGUACUUUCUUCACAGUCACUUUACGUUGAAGAAAAUGAGUUAAGUUCUUGUGGAAAAAUGUAUAUUUCGGUUCGCUGCUUUAGUCGUUAUCCUUCUUUUCUUCUCAAACCUUGCAGCUUGUUGAGGAGAUAACCAAUCGGAAGAUAUGUGGUGUCUACAAUGGAACUCUCAAGUUUUUCAGGUAAAAUAUAUUACUCCUUCAUCGUUCUGAAGGAGUGUUAGCUCUUGUUGCUUGUGUCUUAUUAUGUCUUCAGUCAUCUGUAAUCCCUUCUAACUUACGUUUUCAAAACCAUUGGGAAAUCAGCAACUUCUUUACUAUGGGAAUGACUCCAACUAACCCUGCCUGGUUGUUGUAUCUCCAUUUUUUAAAGAAGGACGAAGAAACCGCUUGAAUUGAAGAAAUGAUUUGUUAAGGAAUAGGGUUUGUUGUUCUUUCAAGAAGAAAACAUAUCUUUACCUAAAAUCUUUCAUUACUGAACUAAAAUAUUCACUAUCUUUCUUCUUUUAUCUGCGACUGUGUAUCGACAGAGUACUUAAACGAUUGGAGCGUUCCGCACUGUUCAGUAGAAUAUAAGACCAUUCAAAGACUGAUUGAGGCUUUCUGAAGCUGAUUUAAUUACAACCCUGUGAAUGCAGUUUUUGAAGAGAGAGUUCAUGAAUUAGAAGCUGAAUAUGUAGGAUGAAUGUUUGUUUUAAGUUUUUUUUAUUUUUUCAUUUCGUUUAGGCCUGACCACAAUUCCAGUUACAUCAUAGGACAUUAUCACUUUCCGACAAGCUUUCAAAAUAUUACAUAUAUCGCUGAUAAGAUGAUAGGAUUAACUCUUAAUGACUUUGACGCAAAAGUUAUGGCCGUACACCAAUACGAAGGUAGGAAGAUAGCGGUUGCUAACAAGGUGAUCAUGGUGGAAAUCUUCGUUGAGGCCGCGUAGCCAAGUCAUCCCUAAAAGCUUCAUUUCAAAUACAAUUAAAAGCUCAUCAUUACGUUUUGUCCACCCAAAAGCGAUUGUAGAUCGGUGAUUUUCCUCGUGAAAUGUCUCAAUUUCGUGCAUAACAUGAUGUCAUAUUGCUUUCCCAUAGCAAACAACGCUUAUCAAGCGUGGCAAACUUUGGGAAGCGACGAAAACUCUUCAGGACGUAUAACUAGUUUAUAAUUUUUUUUUUUCUGCUCGCGUAAAGAAUAUCUCAUGCGUUUCUCUAAGGCAAAAAAUAACUCCAAAAUUCACGAGGAUAUUCUCAUGAAGCAUUUAGAGAACUCUGAACUUUAAUUUUAGUCAAUGUCUUAUUUAUCAUUACAUUAUAAUGAUGUACAUGCAAAAAUUACGCGCGUGGCUGUAACACGGGUGCAAACUAAAAAUAGCACGCGCGCGCUGCCAAAAUUUACGCCACAUAAUUAAAAAGGAACAACACGAUUUCUCAAAUUUCUCAAAUUCCUCAAAGACUAUAAAUUGCGCUUCCAAAUUGCAAGAGAAAUCAUUUUAUUACCUAUACUUAUUAUCCCAAUAAAUAUUUCUUUUUUCUAUUUAAAGCACAGUGCUUUGGAAGCUCCUAUGUUCGUGUAUCAAUGUCUUUAUCGUCCCAUUUGAACAACCCAACCAAACAUCGCAAGCAGGAUACUACAUCAACCGCGGGAUAUGUGAGUUUCUACUGUGUUAAUCCACCGCAGAAGAAUUGCACUUGGGAAGUGGCAUCUCUUGGGCCGGUUAGUGUAAUUUAUUGUUCAUUGACUAAGUCGUGCUUCUUUGGUUUACAGGAUAUUCACUCAGUUUUUUACUUUUCGUUUCGCGACUUGACGAUUUAUCGUUUGAUCAGAUUAGUAAAUCUGUGGCUAUAGAGCGGUUUGUUAUUGAGUUUCGAGAAACCAGAGUGGAGGUUGAUUUUAGUUGAGUUCUCUUUGCUAAUGAGAACUCAAAGUAGAAAUAGUCAAACUGCACGAAACGUUAGAAAACACGAGUGACCAAAUCACGAUUGGUUUUGGUUUUAAAUCUGGUUGAAAAAGUGGUGCGAAUUUUCUGGACCAAUCGCAAGGCGUUGUAAAUCAGAACAAAAACAAUCAAAGAUUACUUUCUACACUCAGUUAGAACGUUAACUUCUCUACAAAUCUGCUAUAAAUUAAUUGACUACAGUAUAUUACUUUCUUGUGAGUAACAUGUUUUUCUCAAUAUAAAAAUUUCGGCUGGUUGAUAACACGAGUUGAGUGUCAGCAGUGAACAGAAAUAAGAAAAUAAGUCACCUCUUUCGAUGAAUUGUGAGUCUCUUGUUCUAACUCAUACAAAUAGAGAAAAAGUUUUUAUUGUAGAAUCGUUUCUGUGUUUUUCCGGCACGCGCCAGGUUGUCGCGUCGCAUUACAGUUAAAACAAAAUUUUCGAAAUUAUUAAGACUUACUAGUCAUACGAUAAAAUGCUCAUUGACUGAGUAAGGUGGGCCAGAUGGAAAAAUAUUUGACUCUCGUUCAUGAAACACGGACCUCGCUGCGCUGGGUCCUUACGUCAUGACCUCGGGCCAGAUAUUUUCCGGUCCGGCCCUCCCACUCAGUCAAUAAGUAAAUAAUACGUUUUCAGUAGUUUUUUUUUCUUUGUUUAUUUGUUUUUAUUUUAAUAAUAACGAUAAAGUGUCCAAAAGUUUCUCAUGAAUACCAUAGAUUGUUUAGCUGUUCCUUUAAAGGCGUAUCGUCGAAGCUGUUUCUUCACAGCAUUAGUUUAGAUACCAUCAGCUCUGCUAACAGACACCUUAACAAAAUCCCUUUUUUUCAAUCGCAUAAAAACCUACACUUGCACAUCAAGAACAUCGUCACUAAUCUAUAGCGGUCUACGUAGACGGGAGAAUCUGUUAUUUGCAUUUUAUCUCGACUUAGGACAACGUGACCGUGGGCAAUUUCACAACGGUCAGCAGUUCGAUGUCUUGGUCAUUUUCUGCGCGAUCACUUCCAUAUGGUCUUUACUUUGUGCAACUGUCGGUGAACACACCUAUGAGCCCUUACCAAGCCGGUCAUGCCAUUGGCUUCCUUGAGAUUGAACCCGGUCCAUUGUACGUGUACAUUGCCAAUGGUUACGAUGCAGUAUACACUGAAAACUCUAUAAUUACCAUGGAUGGCAGCGACACCUAUGAUCCUGAUUUCUUUGCUGAGAAAGGUAACUUCGGCUUUAACAUGCUAAUUGCGAAUGACAUUCACAAAAUAUGGUAG